AUGUCGCCCUUUGAGAUUUCCCGAGCACUGAGCCAGAAGUGGCCCUGUCGCGAGCUCCAAACCAGACAGCUUGCCAGCCUCCUUGGGCCAAAAACAUCUAGUCCACCGACAGUGGUCGUCCACGGUAUCGCCGCAACGUGCAAGUCGACCAUUGUGCGCGCCGUCCUCUCCGCCCUUGAAGUGCCGCACGCCAUUGUGCGCAGCCCCGAGUGCAUCACCGGCCGCCACCUCCUGACCAAGAUCCUGUGGGCGACCCUCGAAGCGCUGGGUAAGCAGGGCGAAUGGGAAAAAUUCGGCAAGGGGCGCUGCGAGCAUGUCAGCAUGCUGGCGGUGCUCCUGGCGGAGUGUCUGGGCGUGACGUCGGGGAAGCCCGUGAGCAAGUUCAUCCUCGUGCUGGAUGGGAUUGAUAAGCAGCGCGAGGCGCCGCAUACGCUGUUGUCGGCGCUGUCGCGGCUGGGUGAAGUGAUUCCGUGUCUCUCGGUUGUGCUGAUUCUGAGCUCGACACCCCGGCCGCUGUUUCUGCAGGCGGCUGGCGUGCCGCAUAUCAGCUUUCCGCCGUAUACGCGCAAGGAGGCGAUUACGGUGAUUCUGGGGGGAGGGCCGCCGGCGAUGGAGGGUUUGCCGGAAGACGUCUCGAUGAGGUUGUAUGCGCCCUUUGUGUCGGCGGUCUACGACUCAUUGGUUGGGCCGACGGCGAGCUCGAUUCCUACCUUUCGGUCUAUUUGCGAGAAGCUUUGGCCUCGGUUUGUGUCGCCUAUUGUUCUUGGGGAGCGGCCGCCGGGAGGCAGCGAGGAAUGGGAUUUCUCUCGGCUGCUGGUGAAGAAUCGCUCGUUGUUUCGCCGCCAGGGCGAAGAAGCUCUUGUACAUCACAUUGUCACGGAAGAAGCCACUCCCUUGGCUAAUGGCACGAUCUCCAAGCCAUCCCUGGCCGCCGUGUCUGCGCCUUCGCCGCUUCCAUCCCUGCCGUACCUCCCCACCCUCAUCCUGACCUCUGCAUACCUCGCUUCUCACACGCCGCAACGACUGGACACGAUUUUCUUUUCGAAGUUCUCCUCGUCGUCGCUGUCUGCGCGAAACAAGCGCGCGCACCAUCGCCGACGUCUGAAGCUUCUCUCGCAGGCCAAAGCGGCCGACAGCCGCGCCGCAAACCACGCCAGUAACGACGCUGGCAAACGCACAAAGACGCGAAUCACGAAAACCACGCUGGAAUCAGCAUUCGCAACAUCCUCGGCCACGACUUCUGCGGCGAGUAGCGGCAGCGUCGGCAUCACCGGCCCAUCCACUAUCCUCACAGCCCGGCCGUUCCCCCUCGAGCGUUUAAUUGCCAUCUAUCACGCGAUUGACCCAAACCCGCCCGCCAAUCCCGUGCACCAAGCUGCGGUGGCUGAUGCAAUAUAUGCGGAGCUUGCUACGCUGCGCCGUCUGCGGCUUGUUGUGCCGGCUGCUGGUCGCGACAGUGGCGGUCGUAUGGGACUAGGAUCGGGCGGGUUGAGUAGUGGGAAUACCACGUCUGACGCGGGAGAAAAGUGGUGUGUUAAUGUGUCUGGCGACUGGAUUGGAGAGUUGGCCAAGGGUAUCGGCGUUGAGGUUGGGGAAUGGCUCGCCGGUGGAUUGGACUAG